UUUCCUCGAAGAUGUACGUGGUUAUACGUCAUGAACAAUUGCUUGUUAUCAGUAUCUGCUUCUCAGCUUUAUUCCCAUAAUCUGCCAGGACUCUUUGAUUAUGCAAGGCAAAUGCAAAAAUUACCUGUUGCUAUUCCGGCACAUAAACUUCCUGACCGAAUACUUCCCAGGAAGUUCGCAGUGUCUACAAAAAUUCCUGACACUAAAUGCUGUCAAAAGUGUUGUGUUGUGAGGAAUCCCUGCACGGGCCACAAGUACCUCUGUGGAGCACUACAGUCUAGCAUUGUUUUGUUAGAAUGGGUUGAACCAAUGCAAAAAUUUAUGUUAAUCAAGCACAUAGAUUUUCCUGUACCUUGUCCACUGAGAUUGUUUGAAAUGCUGGUAGUCCCUGAGCAGGAAUUCCCUUUAGUUUGUGUUGGUGUCAGUAGAGGAAGAGACUUCAACCAGGUGGUGAAGUUUGAGACUGUCAACCCAAAUUCUACCUCUUCAUGGUUUACAGAAACAGACACUACAGAGACAAGUGUUGUCCAUGUAACACAGCUGGAGAGAGAUACCAUUUUGGUGUGUUUGGAUUGCUGCAUAAAAAUAGUGAAUCUGCAAGGCAGGUUAAAGUCCAGCCGCAAACUGUCAUCGGAACUCACGUUUGACUUUCAGAUUGAAUCAAUAGUCUGUCUACAAGACAGCGUGUUAGCGUUCUGGAAACACGGCAUGCAAGGAAGGAGCUUUAGAUCAAAUGAGAUCACACAAGAAAUUUCUGAUAAUACGAGGAUAUUCAGGCUUCUGGGAUCUGACAGGGUUGUGGUGCUGGAGAGCAGGCCGACGGAGAACCCGACAGCCAACAGCAACUUGUAUAUCCUGGCAGGGCACGAGAACAGUUACUGAGAACGGCACGUGGCGGGCAGCUCGGCGUGACGAGGAGACUCCUGCUGCGGCAGCAUUCGUGACUGGCUGAACUUGCACAACAGCUGCAGCAACCCCGCUCUGUAAUUUAUAAAGUUACUUUAUAAUUUAUUGUGGCACGAGAGGAAGACGAGGGUUGUUCGGAGCACGGACACGUAAGCGUUACGACACCACGGAAGUGCUUCGUUUACUGUUAUGUAAUCUUUGUACAUAGGCGCUGUUUUUCGGUCAAGCUUCUUGCUGAAGACCCACACUGACUUUCUGUAGAUAGCAGCCCUCCUGUCAAGUACGAGUGUCCCACCUGUACAGACCUAAAAGUCACCGAGGAUGCAAAAAUUUAAAUCGGGGUACUA